CUGUUCCAAGGAAGCCUCCUUCCAUGCGCAGCUGAGCCACACAGGACGUAAACAAGAAGCACGCCAUAGUGUACACGCCACCAAAAUGAAGUUAUCUAUACCGCAUAGUCGUCUCGGGCGGAUACUUGUUUGUUUGGCGUUGCUGAUGAAGAUACCAGAGAGCGAGGGGUCGGUGCCCCUGGGAGUGUCAGCUCUCGGGGUGGCCGGGGCAGCCCUGUACGCGGGCUUUGAAAAACUCCGCUGCUCCUUCUAUGAAUGCUGCGCCCCUCGGUCCCCUUGGAUUCAACCCAAUAUGACAGCUCUGAACAUUGCUCUGACCACACGUUUGCAUGGGCAGCACCUGGUACAAGAUACUGUGACAAAAUCACUGAAGGCCCAUCUCCAGAAUGACCAACCUGCAAAAGCUCUUGUUUUAAGUUUCCAUGGAUGGACUGGAGGAGGGAAGAAUUUUGUGUCAAGAUUCAUUGCAGAGAGCAUCUACAAACUGGGAAUGAAGAGUGACUAUGUUCAUGUAUUUGUUAGUACAGUUCACUUUCCUCACGAACAACAGACAGAUAUUUAUAAGCUUCACUUACAAGACUGGAUACGAGGAAAUGUGAGCAGCUGUCAGAGGUCGUUGUUCAUCUUUGAUGAAAUUGAUAAGAUGCCAAUUGGAAUGAUUAAUGGAAUCAAGCCCUUCAUUGACUACCAUGAAAAUAUUGAUGGUGUAGACUUCAGGAGGUCAAUAUUUUUGUUCCUGAGUAAUACGGGUGGCCCAGACAUUACAAGAGCUGUGCUGAAAAUGUGGCGUACAGGCAAGAAAAGAGAAGAAAUCACCAUGUUGGACUUAGAACCUCUGAUUGAACGUGGAGCAUUUAAUGAAGAAGGAGGGCUACAUAAAAGUGAGUUAAUCCAGCAUUCACUGGUAGACCAUUAUAUCCCCUUCCUCCCUCUCGAGAGGCACCAUGUAGAAUUGUGCAUCCGUGAUGAAAUCAUCAGAAGAGGUCACACACCAACCAAGGAACUAAUCCAGUAUGUUCUGAAAUUUUGUCUACAGAAAGGUGUCUAGUGAAAUGGUCUACUUUCCUCCAGAAAACCAACUGUUUUCUACUACUGGAUGCAAGAGAGUUGCUCAGAAGGUUGGCUUUGUAUUGGCUGAUGAAUUAUAUGGCGAUCUCUUCACUUGAAAGUUAUAGGUGAUUAAUUUCCCUGUUUAAGUCUCUCUCUCUCUCUCUCUCUCUCUCUCUCUCUCUCUCUCUCUCUCUCUCUCUCUCUCUCUCUCUCUCUCUCUCUCUCUCUCUCUCUCUCUCUCUCUCUCUCUCUCUCUCUCUCUCUCUCUCUCUCUGACCAGUUAUAUUUAUCAUAUGUAAAUUUUUAGUUUAUACUUAGAGGAAUAUCACUGUCCUCAUAAGUAAUGUACAGAUAUAUAGAAACAUUAAUGUAUCAUUUAGUGCUUAGAAGCCAAGGGUAGUAACAACCAUGAAGAUAAUAAGCUUAAAAAUACCAUAUUAGACACAUAGAGAUAUAUGUGAACUGGAGAUACAACAUACUUUCUCAUCUCCUAUACUCAUACUUUACAUGUUUUCAGAAAUAUAUUUAACCAUUAUAAUUUUGAGAUAUGCUGCCAAGGAGUGCACACUUUGUUAUGUCUCUUAAGUGAAAUUGCAUCAGUCAUUUCUUAUAUUUAAUUAUUCCAGCAGAAAAUAUAGUUUAUCAGAGGUCAAACAGUAUGCCUUUGUGAUGUGAGAACAUGUAGAAACUAGCUGGGAAUCCUGAGGCAUCUGCUUGAAUUAGGAUAGCUGGAGCACCAACAUUAACAUUUUAUUGUCAUCUACAGAAAAGAUGGUUGAAAAGUGGUUACUUGAGGAAGUUUUGAUGGCACUAUAAUUCAAUUUGAUCACUUGCCUUCUGGUUCUACAUUAAAAGAACUUAACUCAUGAUCAACAUAAGGGCAAAAUUUUUGUGGAUCUUCGGUCAUAAAAUCACGGAUUUUUGCUUCUUCUUCUGUGGUCUUCCUAUUACACUUGUCCCACACAUACUCCCUGUAGCAUAGUCUUUCCAUGACACCAAAUGUGGCAGGCAUACCUCUUCACACCACAGCGUUCACAAAGAAGGCAUUUAGCAACUCACUACAAGUACAUUGGAACCUCAGGUACUUUGGAACUUCAGUUACUGAACACCUCCCUUUUCAAACAAAUCAGUUAUUGAACAAAAUUUUGAAGUCAUUAUUGCUUUGGUUGUGGUACCAUAAUUCGGUUCUAGAACAAAGUUAUUUGAUUUCAGAUAUUAAAAGACAUAGCAAAAGCUCUGAUUAUUACUAAUUUAUAGUUUCUAUAAAUAUAUAUUUAAUUUUUAUAUAUUUGGAGGAGAGACACAGAGUGUAAGACAGUAAUUCAGUCUUUGAAAUAAGGUAAAUGUGAUCCCAUUAAAAGUCUCGAUGUAAACAAACAGUUUUUGGCGCUCAAGAGUAAUCCCAAGCCACCUGUGGCUCUCUCAAAGACCCCCAACGCCAUCACUACUGCAUAACUGCAUUUUUCCAGUAGCUUUUCCCAGCAGUAAGAUGUCUAAGUGUUAUGAUCACCUUCAUUUUGGUAGUAAGUGGGUUGCUCCUCUCUGUGUUCCUCUGUAAGGCUUCCCUCACUAGAUCAGUCUGAACAGUAUCUUCUGAUGAGUUCUGUAUCACUAAGUUCAUUCAAUACAUCUUUUCUGGAUAAAUAACUUGUGAGCUGGAGAUGUUGUGGGAGCAUCUUGGCUGUGGGAGCAUCUGUCAUAAGCCACUAAGACGUCAUAGACUGGUGUCUGAGAAUGGAUUAAUCCAUUUUACAUUGACUCCUAUAGGGAAAAUAGUUUCAGGUUUCGAACAUUUCAGAUUAUGAACAGCAUUCAGGAACAAAUUAAGUUUGAGAGAGAACUGAGGUUCCACUAUAUAUACACUGUCAAUAAAUGCCAAUCUUGUGUCACAGCAGCACACACUACUCAGUGCAUUUUACUUAAAGCCUUUCACCAAGCAUAGAAAAUGGGCUGGGACAUUUGACUUAUUGGCAUCUUGAGUGCAUCUCUCCUCACUCACACCCAUAGCAACAAUGACCAGUAUUAAUUACCAGUGUCAGUAUUCACUGUGUUUUUAGUGAUGAGUAACUAGCUUUUUCCUUGGGUUGGAAUGCAUUUUGUUCUGUUCAUUUUGUGGUGUUUGCAGUGAUGAGUAUGAGGCAGACAAGUCGUGGUGAUACCAUUCACUCAUAGACCUUCACAUGUCAAGCUUGAACAGUGUUGAUGUAGCAAAACGUGAUUUGUUCAUAUUCAUCAUCAUUGUUCAACAGUAUAUCAAAACAAAAAUUGUAGUCCUUCAAUGAAAUCAACCAUAACAUUGGAAGACCAUGGAUGCCCUAAAAAUCAUCAGUAAUGAGGACCAUGCCAACAGUAAUCAUUUGUCUGACUGAAGGGCCAUGGAAAUUUUGCCCAUUGAGGUCACUCAUAUUAAAAGACCAUCAAAUCAACCUUAUUCAUAUGUUAUAUAGGUCAAGUAUCUUUCUUAUAUUUAACUGAACACCAGAUAUAUUUUCCCUUCAGAAUUAAGAUGAAAACAUUUAAUUUUAAAGAAUAAUUCUUGGAGAAUGUAAUAUUACUGGAUAGGUAGGAUCACUGUAUUUUUAUUAUUAUUGUGACAGCCUUAUAGUCACCUCACCCAAUCACGCUGUUUCACUAUAACAAAUUUAGUUAGUGCAGUAAGAUCUUGCAUCUAAAAGAGUAAUAGGUAACAUAAAAAAAGUGCAGUCAUUAAAUGUGAAUACAUAAAAUUUAUAUCAGUCUAUACAAGGUGCCCCAUGAGUUAAGGUACAUACUUCAGGAUUAUGAUAGUUCAGGUAAUCCAAAGUUGAAAAUGCUCUAUACACUUAAGCUGUGUUUUGCCUUAUUUUAUGAGAAAUUAACCUGUAAGUUGUGUGUUGCAGGAGCUGCUCACUUGAGUGGGCCUCCACCUCUCUCCCUCCCUUCCUCCUUGGCUCACUAUAUACUCGAGUGGCACCACACAGCAUAAAAUUGCCAUUUUUGGUGUACAAUGUACACAGUCAAAUCCUUAUAGGAAACAGGUAGCAAAUGAAAGAUUAAAUUUUUGUGUGUGUCAGUGAAGAAAAUGUAAAGGUAACACAGCUAUGCAGUGGUUAUUAAUGCUACUUUUUAAAACAUAUAUGGCAACUCACAUCUUGACGAAGUGACAGGUCUCAUCCAUCAAUCACCUGAUUGCCAAAGUGGAUCUUUUUGCUCUUGUCAUUCCUUAUCUGCUCAGCAGUUUUCUCAAAGCAGUGACUCAGCUUCUCUCUGGAAUGUGAUUUCUUCUUGUACACCAAGGAUUUCAUAUGUCCUCAGAGGAAGAAAUCCAUUGGUGUUAGGUCAGGGGAUCCUGCUGGCCAUUCCUGUGAGCCUCCACAACCUAUUCACUGAUCAGGAAACUGAUCUUAAGUGAGUGAUUCCCAAAACACACAACUUAUGUGUUAAUUUUUCACAAAAUAAAGCAAAAUACAGCAUAUGUGUUUAGAGUAUUUUUGACUUAGAAUUACUUGAACUAUCAUAUCCUGAAGUAUGUACUUUAACUCGUGGGACACCCUGUAUGUCCUUAAACACUGUGCUUCCUCUGACAACAUGUCCCAUGUGUGGGUGGUCACAGCUGAAGUGCCUCUACCUCUUUCUGUUUGAACAUGUACAUGAACAUGUUGAUUGUUCAAGCACUCAGCUUCUACUUCACAUAUGUACUUCCUUAUUUUCUUUUUCCAUCUUUCAAGUAACCUUUCUUAUCUAUUAGAUCUUCAAUUUCUUCAGUUAUCCAGUGGUAACUGUAUUUUUCAUUCAUUCUCCUAACACAAGUUUCACUGAAUUCCUGGUUUAGGGUCUGUAGCAAAGGUAAUACCUUUCCCACUCACAGAGACUGAUGUGCUGGCUGAUUUGUACUGUGCACCAUUUUUACUUUCUAAUGGGAUUAGUGGUCCUGUAGUGUUGUUGAGAUGUGAAGGCAAGAGAUGUAGGAUCCUACUUUGUGUCUAAUUCAUUGAACUCAAGUUAGUUACAUGAAUAUUGCAAUUUAAUUGGCUAGUAAGUUACUUUAAUAAUCUUGAAAUAAUUUAAGGUAUCUUAUUUAGCUCUAUUAUUGUUGCCAUGUGAUUGGCCUGUAAGUGUAAUUCAUUAUGCUUAUAACUUGUAUCAAGUUCAUAUUAAUAUUUCAUCUUCCCUUCUUCUAUCUUAUUUUUGUCCAAUUUGAAUUUUGUAUGUCCCCAUUGGUUAUAAGAUUUUUUCCAAGCUAACAUUUAACACCAACACAAUAUUUCCCUUGGAUAGUAUUGAAGCAGAAUUGUGUUGUGAAUGUAAGAUGUAAGUUCAGGAAAAAUCACAUUUAAAUGUGAUUAUCAUCCUAUAAAUAGGGAUAAUGAUUAGAAUACAAAAAGGAUAAGGAAUUCUGUGGUUAAGAUUAUCAUAGGAAAACAAGUGAAAGCAGGAAUAUUGUUCUAAAAACAUAAGAUGUUUUGAGAAGGAUGAGGACAUGGUAUGUAAAUGAAGGGGUAUGAUAUAAUUCAAAUGAAGAUGGAGAGAGAGAGAGAGAGAGAGAGAGAGAGAGAGAGAGAGAGAGCGCUAGCUGGGUGACUGAACCCUUCACAGGAUACUCAUUAUGUACAGCGUCUAUCAGAUCCCAAAGGUCAUCUUUGUGCAAGAAGAGUUUAAUAUAACUUUACCAUCCUAACAUUAUUCAAAGGUACUACCAUUAUGCAAAAGUUUAGAAGGGCAUGGAGAUGUUAGUAAUUUAAGAGAUUGCAUAAAUCAGACAACAGCAUUCAAUUUAUUAGUUAAGAAAUGUAAGACAAAUAUCAAAAGUGUAUUCAGCCAAUAUAUCUUAAAAAAGCGUUAUACAUUGUUUAAAGUAAAGACUUUUAAAAAUAUCCUUGGAGUAGAAGUCUGGUGAGACUUGCUUUCAAAUGUGUUAAAAAAUCAUAGUAAGAAUUUGCCUAUCCUUGAAAGCAAGUGUCACUUUUGCUUUUAAAGCUAGAACUUAUUCCAAAAUAGACAAGUAGAACAUUUGAUGUGUCAUAAGCAAUAAAGUCAAUAAAGGUUUACAAGACUGAGAAGGAAGGUGACAUCAUCUCAGAGUAUUUAUGAAGCAAUAAAUCAGCCUAAAUGGAAAUGAAUUUUUUUUUUUUAUUAUUAUUUUUAUUUAUUUUUUUUUAUAUUAUAUGGUAAGUCACUUGCUUGACAGAUGAAGGGUCAGAAUAGUGCUAUUCAAAAGGCUACUACAUUUCUCUUGGCAGGGUCUCAUGGUGUGGAAGGUGUUUUGUGUUGAAAGGAGUUAAAUAAUUUCAUAUUAGUGCCACAGAAGUAGUUAAGAUAGGAGAGUAUAAGAAUACAAGUUCUGAGAUGGAAUCAGGCAUGAAGUAAGGAUGUAUUAUAUCCUUCUUGUUGUUUGAUAUAGAAAGAAAUUCAUAUUAGCAUCCUACUUAUUUCCUGUUUAUUUGUGUUUUUACUUUUUGUUUGUUUAUUUAUUUAUUUAUUUAUUUAUUUAUUUAUUUAUUUAUUUAUUUAUUUAUUAUUAUUAUUAUUAUUAUUAUUAUUAUUAUUAUUAUUAUUAUUAUUAUUAUUAUUAUUAUUAUUAUUAUUAUUAUAUUUAUUUUAUUUAUUUAUUUAUUUUCUUAAUAUCAGUGUCAAAGUGCAUUGUAAGAAAAAAAUGUUGUCUUUUAUAUGAAUUCUUAUUUAUAUUUUUACACAAAUUACUGAUGUUCUUUUAUGUAGCAUUUAUAAUGCAUUUAUGCAGUUGGAAGUCCACUGCAUCAUAGAAAGAUCAUCCUUGGUCCUCAGGGCCAUACAAGGGCAUAAUCUAAAUAUGACUGAAUCUAAUAGAACAUCCCAAGUUGUGACUUUUUACACCUCAAGUAACCAUGCACCAGUAUGAGAUAAAUCACUUGUCUAGUCAUUGGUGUAUUUAUAAUCUUGAAGAUUAAUCAGGAAAUAUGUGGAUUUUGUAAAUUUGAUUGAGUUCACUGUAGUUCUAGCAGAAACUCACAUGAUCAUGUAUUAAUGUCAAUAUUGUUUAGGCAUGCCAAAGAAUAUUUUCAAUUGUGUUAGAAUUUUGUGUGAAUGCUGAAAAAAAAAGUAACAUAAGGUGAAGAAAUCUGUGUGAACCAUGUAAAUUUGAAAUGUACAGUGCAUACAGUAAUAUAA